AUGGAAAAAAGAUGGUUAAAUUCGAUGUUGUCUAAAGGGGAGUUAGAAUACAGGUGUAGGCUAAGUAAAUCAAUCAAUAGUCUUGGUCCUAUUGAAAGUGAAGGAUCAAUUAUAAAUAAUAUGAAUAAAAACAUUCCUAGUCAUAGUGAUAGUUACAAUUCUAGUUACAGUACUGUUGAUGAUUUAGUCGGCAUUCGAAAUUUCGUAUCUGAUGACACUUUUUUAGUUAGGGAUAGUAAUAGCAGCAGUUAUUCCAUAUAUUUGGAUAUUGAAAAUCAAAUUUUUGAGAUUGACAAUGAUCCUUCUUUUGUAAGUGAACUAGAAAGUUCUUUUUAUAGUUUUCGGAACUCUACUUAUCAAAAUAAUAUAUCUAAGAAUGAUGAUUCCCACUAUGAUCGUUACAUGUAUGAUACUAAAUAUAGUUGGAAUAAUCACAUUAAUAGUUGCAUUGACAGUUAUCUUCGGACUCAAAUCUGUAUUGAUAGUUACAUUUUAAGUGGUAGUCACAAUUACAGUGACAGUUACAUUUAUAGUUAUAUUUGUGGCGAAGGUGGAAAUAGUAGUGAAAGUGAGAGUUUCAGUAUAAGAACUAGCACGCAUGGAAAUAAUUUAACUAUAACAGAAAGUUCUAAUGAUCUAGAUAAUGAUCGAACUACAAACUACAGCGAUUUUUGGGUUAUAUGCGAAAAUUGUCAUAAAUUCAAUUAUAAGAGACUUUUCAAAUCAAAAAUGAAUAUUUGUGAAGAAUGUGGAUACCAUUUGAAAAUGAAUAGUUCAGAUAGAAUCGAACUUUUGAUUGAUCCAGGUACUUGGGACGCUCUAUGGUAUGUACAGACAUGGUCUCUGUGGAUCCCAUAUGAAUGGGAUUCGGAGGUGGAUCCCAUUCAAUGGAAGUCGCAGGUGGAUCCCAUUGAAGGGGAUUCGGAGGUGGAUCUCAUUGAAGGGGAUUCGGAGGAGUACAAGGACUCUUCUUAUAAAGAUCGUAUUUCUUCUUCUCAAAUAGAGACAGGAUUACCUGAGGCUAUUCAAACAGGCACAGGUAAAUUAAAUGGUAUUCCCGUAGCAAUUGGGGUUAUGGAGUUUGAAUUUAUGGGGGGUAGUAUGGGAUCUGUAGUAGGCGAGAAAAUCACCCGUUUGAUCGACUAUGCUAGCAAUCAAUUUUUACCUCUUAUUUUAGUGUGUGCUUCGGGAGGAGCACGCAUGCAAGAAGGAAGUUUGAGCUUGAUGCAAAUGGCAAAAAUAUCUUCUGCUUUAUAUGAUUAUAAAUAUCAAUCAAAUAAAAAAUUAUUCUAUGUAGCAAUCCUUACAUCUCCUACUACUGGUGGGGUGACAGCUAGUUUUGCUAUGUUGGGGGAUAUCAUUAUUGCCGAACCGAAUGCCUACAUCGCAUUUGCGGGUAAAAGAAUAAUUGAAGAAACAUUGAAGAUGGAAGUCCCUGAGGGUUCACAGAAGACUGAACCUUUAUUCGAAAAGGGCUUAUUAGAUCUAAUCGUACCACGUAAUCCUUUAAAAGAUGUUGUGAGUGAGUUAUUUCAGCUCCACGCUUUCGUUCCCUCGAAUCAAAAUUCAAUCAAGUAA